GCGCCCGCUCGCGAGCGCCUGCCGUUUCACGGGGCGGGGCUGUGGGCCGGGCCGGGGCGGGGCGGCGGCGCUGGUGCGUGCGUGUGCGCGCGCCGCGGGCGAGCCAGUGAAGCCGGCGGCCCUGGCACGUGAUCCUGGACUGACUCGCUUGGUGGCUUGGUGGCUCGGUCUGUCUGUCCGUCCGCGGGUGCCAUCAUGGCGGACGCGGCCAGUCAGGUGCUCCUGGGCUCCGGUCUCACCAUCCUGUCCCAGCCUCUCAUGUACGUGAAAGUGCUCAUCCAGGUGGGAUAUGAGCCUCUUCCUCCGACAAUAGGACGAAAUAUUUUUGGGCGGCAAGUGUGUCAACUUCCUGGUCUCUUUUGUUAUGCUCAGCACAUUGCCGGCAUCGAUGGGAGGCGUGGCUUGUUCACAGGCUUAACUCCAAGAUUGUGUUCAGGAGUCCUUGGGACUGUAGUGCAUGGUAAAGUGUUACAGCAUUACCAGGAGUGUGACAAGGGUGAGGAGUUAGGACCUGGAAAUGUACAGAAAGAAGUCUCAUCUUCCUUUGACCGGGUUAUCAAGGAGACAACUCGAGAGAUGAUUGCUCGGUCUGCUGCUACCCUCAUCACACAUCCCUUCCACGUAAUCACUCUGAGAUCUAUGGUACAAUUCAUUGGCAGAGAAUCCAAGUACUGUGGACUUUGUGACUCCGUGGUAACCAUCUAUCAGGAAGAGGGCAUCCUAGGAUUUUUUGCGGGUCUUGUUCCUCGCCUCCUAGGUGACAUCAUUUCUUUGUGGCUCUGUAACUCACUGGCCUACCUCGUGAAUACCUAUGCACUGGACAGCGGGGUUUCUACCAUGAAUGAAAUGAAGAGUUAUUCCCAAGCUGUCACAGGAUUUUUUGCCAGUAUGUUGACCUAUCCCUUUGUGCUUGUGUCUAAUCUUAUGGCUGUCAACAACUGUGGGCUUGCUGGUGGGUCUCCUCCUUUCGCCCCAAUAUAUACUUCAUGGCUAGAUUGUUGGUGCAGCCUACAAAAGGAGGGAAAUAUGAGCCGAGGAAAUAGCUUGUUUUUCCGGAAGGUCCCCUUUGGGAAGACUUACUGUUGUGACCUGAGAAUGUUAAUUUGAAGAUGUGGGUCAGGGACAGUGACAUUUCUAUAGUCCCAGAGGCACAGAAUUAUGGGAGAGAAUGUUGAUUUCUAUACAGUGUGGCACACUUUUUUAAUAAUCAUUUAAUCUUGGGAAAAUGGA